GGGGCGGCGGUCAAGAUGGUGCCGAUGGAGACGCAGCUGCAGAGCAUCUUUGAGGAGGUGGUGAAAACAGAGGUCAUUGAGGAGGCUUUUCCUGGCAUGUUUAUGGACACACCUGAAGAUGAAAGAACCAAAUUAAUCAGUUGUUUGGGAGCCUUUAGACAGUUUUGGAGCAAUCUUUCUCAGGAAUCUCAUGAACAAUGUGUUCAGUGGAUUGUAAAAUUCAUACAUAACCAGCAUAGUCCUAAAAGAAUUUCUUUUCUGUAUGACUGUUUAGCAAUGGCUGUGGAGACUGGACUGCUGCCACCCAAGAUGGUUUGUGAAUCUCUGCUAAAUUCUGAUAACCUUGAAUGGGAAAGGACACAGCUUUGGUCUCUAACGUUUAAACUUGUCCGAAAAAUAAUUGGUGGCAUAGACUAUAAGGGUGUACGAGAUCUUCUGAAGGUUAUCCUAGAGAAAAUCCUAACUAUUCCUAAUACAGUGAGCUCUGCUGUUGUGCAGCAACUUUUAGCAGCAAGAGAGGUGGUUGCUUAUAUUUUGGAAAGGAAUGCAUGCUUAUUACCUGCCUACUUUGCAGUUACAGAGAUCCGAAAACUGUACCCUGAGGGGAAGCUUCCUCAUUGGUUAUUAGGCAGCCUACUAUCAGAUUUUGUGGAUUCCUUCAGACCCACAGCAAGAAUAAAUUCCAUCUGUGGAAGAUGUAGUCUACUUCCUGUGGUAAAUAAUUCUGGUGCUAUUUGCAAUUCCUGGAAGCUGGAUCCGACAACUCUUCGUUUCCCCCUGAGAGGCCUUUUGCCAUAUGAUAAGGAUCUGUUUGAGCCCCAAACGGCUUUGUUGCGAUAUGUGCUGGAGCAACCCUAUUCCAGAGAUAUGGUCUGCAAUAUGCUAGGUCUAAACAAGCAGCACAAACAGCGGUGUCCUGUGCUGGAAGACCAGUUGGUGGAUCUUGUGGUAUAUGCCAUGGAGCGUUCAGAGACAGAGGAGAAGUUUGACGAUGGGGGAACUAGCCAGUUGCUAUGGCAGCACCUUUCCAGCCAGCUCAUCUUCUUUGUACUUUUUCAGUUUGCAAGCUUUCCUCACAUGGUUCUGUCUCUCCAUCAAAAGUUGGCAGGAAGAGGCCUAAUCAAAGGCAGAGACCAUCUGAUGUGGGUAUUAUUGCAGUUUAUCUCUGGCAGUAUACAAAAAAAUGCAUUAGCUGACUUCCUCCCUGUUAUGAAGCUCUUCGAUCUCCUAUAUCCUGAAAAGGAAUGUAUUCCUGUGCCUGAUAUUAACAAACCACAGUCAACACAUGCUUUUGCAAUGACCUGUAUCUGGAUACAUUUGAACAGAAAAGCUCACAGCGACAAUUCCAAACUUCAGAUUCCUAUCCCUCAUUCUCUCAAGCUUCACCAUGAAUUUUUGCAGCAGAGUUUAAGGAAUAAAAGUUUGCAGAUGAAUGACUACAAGAUUGCCUUGCUGUGCAAUGCAUAUUCUACCAAUUCAGAAUGCUUCACAUUACCCAUGGGUGUUCUAGUAGAAACAAUUUACGGGAAUGGCAACAUGAGGAUCUCUCUCCCAGGAACUAAUUGCAUGGCUUCAGGGUCCAUCACCCCCUUGCCAAUGAACCUCUUGGAUUCACUUACAGUUCAUGCCAAAAUGAGCCUUAUUCACAGCAUAGCUACCAGAGUGAUCAAACUGGCUCACGCAAAAUCUAGUUUGGCUUUGGCUCCAGCCCUUGUGGAAACAUACAGUCGUCUGCUGGUUUAUAUGGAAAUAGAAUCCUUGGGUAUCAAAGGAUUCAUCAGUCAGCUCCUGCCCACAGUCUUUAAGUCUCAUGCUUGGGGAAUCUUGCACACUCUGUUAGAGAUGUUCAGCUAUCGCAUGCACCAUAUUCAGCCUCAUUACAGAGUCCAGCUGCUGAGUAAUCUUCAUUCCCUAGCUGCAGUGCCCCAGACAAAUCAGAAUCAGCUUCAUCUGUGUGUUGAAAGUACAGCUCUUAGGCUGAUCACAGCCUUGGGUAGUUCUGAGGUCCAGCCGCAAUUUACACGUUUCCUUAAUGAACCAAAAACAGUACUUUCAGCUGAAUCGGAGGAACUCAACAGGGCACUUAUUUUGACUCUGGCAAGAGCAACACAUGUUACAGAUUUUUUCACAGGAUCAGAUUCUAUUCAGGGGACUUGGUGCAAAGAUAUACUUCAGACAAUCAUGAGCUUUACACCUCAUAACUGGGCUUCACACACACUAAGCUGUUUUCCAGCUCCACUGCAGGCUUUCUUCAAACAAAAUAAUGUACCUCAAGAGAGCCGCUUUAACCUGAAGAAGAAUGUGGAGGAGGAAUACCGAAAGUGGAAAUCAAUGACCAAUGAAAAUGAUAUCAUCACCCAUUUUUCCAUGCAGGGUUCUCCUCCUCUCUUCCUCUGUCUUCUCUGGAAGAUGCUGCUAGAGACUGAUCACAUUAAUCAAAUUGGCUACAGAGUGCUAGAAAGAAUUGGUGCCAGAGCUCUGGUAGCUCAUGUUAGGACAUUUGCAGAUUUUUUGGUCUAUGAAUUUUCCACAUCAGCAGGAGGACAGCAGCUCAACAAGUGUAUUGAGAUUCUCAAUGACAUGGUGUGGAAAUACAAUAUUGUGACACUGGACAGGCUGAUACUAUGUCUGGCUAUGCGCAGCCAUGAAGGAAAUGAAGCUCAGGUAUGCUACUUCAUCAUCCAGUUGCUUUUGCUUAAACCGAAUGAUUUCCGAAAUAGAGUGAGUGAUUUUGUGAAGGAGAACUCCCCGGAGCAUUGGCUACAGAAUGACUGGCAUACUAAGCACAUGACUUAUCACAAGAAGUAUCCUGAAAAGCUGUAUUUUGAAGGCUUAGCAGAACAAGUUAAUCCUCCUGUUCAGAUCCAACCCCAGUACUUACCGAUAUACUUUGGCAACGUGUGCCUCCGCUUCCUACCAGUGUUUGACAUUGUGAUUCACAGAUUUUUAGAACUGCUUCCAGUCUCCAAGUCACUGGAGACUCUACUGGAUCAUCUAGGAGGUUUAUACAAAUUCCAUGAUCGUCCAGUAACGUACCUGUACAAUACUCUUCACUACUAUGAGGGACAUCUCAGGGAUCGUACAAACCUCAAACGGAAGCUGGUCCAUGCCAUUAUUGGUUCCCUUAAGGAUAAUCGGCCACUAGGGUGGUGUUUGAGUGACAUUUACCUCAAAUGUGCUAUGAAUGCACGAGAAGAUAAUCCAUGGAUCCCUGAUGAUAUUUAUUACUGCAAACUGAUUGCAAGGCUGGUUGAUACGAUGGCUGGCAAGUCACCAUUCCCAAACUGUGACUGGAGGUUCAAUGAGUUUCCUAACCCAGCUGCCCAUGCCUUGCAUGUUACCUGUGUUGAACUCAUGGCAUUGGCUGUUCCAGGAAAUGAUGUAGGAAAUGCCCUUCUGAAUGUUGUGCUGAAGAGCCAGCCAUUAGUUCCUAGAGACAAUAUAACAGCAUGGAUGAAUGCAAUUGGACUGAUUAUCACUGCAUUACCUGAGCCCUACUGGGUUGUCCUCCAUGAGCGGAUUGUGAGUGUUGUCAACAGUCCUAGCUUGACUUCAGAGACUGAAUGGGUUGGUUACCCAUUCCAGCUCUUUGACUUCACAGCUUGCCAUCAGUCUUACUCAGAGAUGUGCUGUAGCUACACAUUGGCAUUGGCGCAUGCUGUCUGGCACCAUUCAAGCAUUGGCCAACUUUCCCUCAUUCCAAAGUUUCUCACUGAAGUAUUGAUACCAAUAGUCAAGACUGAAUUCCAGUUACUCUACGUUUAUCAUCUUGUUGGCCCAUUCCUACAGCGGUUUAAUCAAGAGAGGACAAGGUGUAUGUUAGAGAUUGGGGUAGCUUUUUAUGAAAUGCUUCUCGAGGUGGACCAGUGCAAUACUCACCUCAACUACAUGGAUCCCAUAUGUGAUUUUCUGUAUCAUGUGAAAUACAUGUUUACUGGAGACAGUGUGAAAGACCAAGUUGAGAAAAUUAUUUGCAACUUGAGACCUGCUUUGAAACUUCGCCUACGAUUCAUGCAUAUCAGCAAAAUGGAAUCAGCUUCUGUUUCUCAACAACCUAUAAGCAAUGUGUCCCCAGCACCUCAGCCUAGUCAAGUGCCCGUUAAUGUUGCUUUGCCAGUGUCUCAGUAAAAAAGGCUCCAUCCUUGUGUCUCUUGUGCCAAGGAAGUCCAGCAUUAUCCAAGAUGAAAGUCCAGCCAAUGUGAAUCCCUUUCAGAAAGGAGCAGUGCAUUCAGGAUAAUUUCCACUACAGCAUCCCUUGCUAACUUCUGCGUAUAUAUGUCCUGCCUCUUCCCUGAUCAAAGAACUCCUACAUUCAGUGGAUGUCUAAAUAGCUGAUUGUUUUUUAAAUGCCUGUCGUUAUUCCCAUUUUCCUUAUUUGUGCCUCACUUUUCUGGUCAGUGGUACUAUUGUUUAGUACUAUUCACUUUUAGUAGCACAGAUAAAAUACAGUGAGCACUAUGUGCUCUUUUCAUUUUUCUUUGAUACCAUUUUCCAAGACAAGGACCUUCAAAUGAUUUUAGCACGACCAUGUUAAACUUAAAUUCCAUUUACUAGCAGGCAGGUUUAAACCCAUCUACUUGCAGAUCUUUGGAAACUGAUUUAAGGUAGACUCGGAAUCUUGUGGAGCCAGAGCUCGAUAAUGGCAGCUGUAACCUUUUCCAGCAGGCCUUCCUGAAGACAAGGGUACUAUGUGGGAAUAAAGACCCUGCUGAUGCAAAUCAAAGACAAUGUAUCUGCUGGAUGAACAGGCCUCUUUCAUCUGGCCUCCAACUUCAGAAAUGUAAUUAUAUUUAAAUGUAUAUAUUUAAGAGUUUUAUUUCUGUGGCCUUUAUUGUUGUAAUUUGCUACCUGGCUGUUAAAUUUUAGCAAUAACUAAAACUUUAUAUUUGUAGUAUUACUUUUUCCAUGUUAUAUUUUUCUGGUCUGGUGGCUCUUUUUUAAUGAUGUGGUUUGAUAUCUAAUGCAAAUGUACAUAUUUGUAAAAUAUUGUUCAUAUUUGGUAGCACUGAAAACAUUGUUGAAUAAAAACAG